AUGGAUUGCUGGAAGGGUCCCGUAAGCCACAGCUGGAUUUAUCCCACGGUGAUCAUCUGUGCAAAUGGAUUUUUCACCACAAUGAGGCCAUCAGAAUCUUUUCUCACCCCCUAUCUAACAGGGCCAGACAAAAACCUAACAAUUGAAGAGGUUACCAACCAGGUUCUGCCAGUUUGGACAUACUCCUACCUCGCUCUCCUUUUCCCAGUGUUCCUGCUCACAGACUACGUGCGCUACAAGCCCGUGCUGCUCCUGCAGGGCACCAGCCUCAUCGUCACCUGGCUCCUGCUGCUCUUUGCACACGGAGUGGUGGCCAUGCAGGUGGUGGAGUUCUUCUAUGGCAUGGUCACAGCCACCGAGGUGGCCUACUACGCCUACAUCUACAGCGUGGUCAGCACCCAGCACUACCAGAGGGUCACCAGCUACUGCAGGAGUGUCACGCUGGUGGCAGCCACCGUGGCCGCCGUGCUGGGACAGCUGCUGGUGUCCUUGGCAAACGUCUCCUACUUCUACCUCAACGCCAUGACCUUGGCUUCCGUGUCCCUGGCAUUCCUGUGCGCAUUCUUCCUGCCCAUGCCCCAGAGGAGCAUGUUCUUCCACAGGAAGGAUGCCCCUGAGCCUCUGCCAGGCCCUGAUAAAGGGCUGCCUGCGGCUGCUGCCCCCAGGCCCUCGAGCUGCCCGGAGGAAAGGAGCCCCGAGGCUGCUGCCGGGGCCCCGAGCCCCCAGCCCCAGCCCGGCAAUGCCAGGCCCCAGGGGCACAUGCUCAGCGUGCUGCUGCAGCUGGGCAGGGACCUGAGGGAUUGCUACGGCUCCCGAAAACUCCUCUACUGGUCCCUGUGGUGGGCUCUGGCCACGGCCGGCUUUAACCAGGUGGUCAAUUAUGUCCAGGUGCUGUGGGACUUGCGAGCCCCCUCCCACAGCUCUGCAGUGUACAACGGAGCUGUCGAAGCCAUAGCAACUUUUUUGGGUUCAGCAACAUCCAUGGCAGUUGGAUAUGUUAAAGUAAACUGGGAUCUCUCUGGAGAACUGGCUUUGGGAAUUUUCUCUGCACUGGAUGCUGGUUCUCUGCUUCUUAUGCACUUCACUGACAACAUCUGGGCAUGUUAUGCUGGUUACCUUGCAUUUAAAGCCUGCUAUAUGCUCCUCAUAACAAUAGCAACGUUUCAGAUUGCUGUCAACCUCAGCAUGGAGCGUUAUGCUUUGAUGUUUGGCUUCAACAACUUUGUUGCACUGGUGAUUCAGACGAUUUUAACUGUUGUUGUAGUAGAUUCAAGAGGUCUGGGACUGGAUAUCAGCACUCAGUUUCUCAUUUAUGGCAGCUACUUCACAGUCAUAACUGGAAUUUUCCUGAUCAGAAGUGUGUACACCAUAAUUUCCAUCAAAUGCAGAAAUACAAGCGUGGCUGCUGAAAGCACUGCUCCUUAA